AUGCCUUACUCAUUGGUAUACAACUACGAGGCUGUGCUGCCUCUAGAGGUACAGAUCUCAUCCCUUUGUGUCUCCCUCGUGACGGGAAUGAUGACUGAGGAUAGCCAUCAAUGGCGUCUCGCAGAACUCGAAGCACUAGAUGAGAAGUGGCUUGAAGCUCAGCAGCACAUUGAGUUCUACCAAGCCCGAAUAGCCAAGUCUUUCGAGAAGAAAGUCAAGCGCCGACCCUUCAAGGAAGGAGAGUUGGUCCUUGUUGUUCGACGACCGAUGAUUCUCAACUCCAAAAAGAAGGGUAGCAGCCCACCAAGUGACGGCUCCUACAACAAUCAAUCGUCACACUUCCGCAUCCCUGAACGAUUUGAUUAUCUUGACAUCAUCAUUCCCGCAAAUGAUGGUGUUCAUUAA